GCCUCGCCAUUAGCCAGCUCCAAGCAUUCACAAAACGAAACGAGCUAGCUAGCCAGCAUUUGGUAGUACACAAGCUACAUACAUAUCCCCAAGCAGGGCUAGCUAAACCGAUCUAGAGGAUGUCGUUGGUGAGGUUCUUCGACACGCUGGCCCUGGACUCGUGGAACCCCUUCGGCAGCAUCUUCGGCACCACGGCGUCCAGCGGCACCGACGCCUGGCUGGCCAGCGACACGACGGCGUUCGCCGACACCUACAUCGAGAGCCGGGAGACGGCGGAGGCCUACGUGUUCAGCGCCAGGCUCCCCGCGGGCGUCACCAAGGAGGAGGUCAAGGUGGAGGUGGAGGAGGAGGGCAAGGUGCUGGUCAUCGCCGGCGAGCGGAACCUGCGGAGGGAGGCCAAGAGCGAGACGCGCCACCACGUCGAGCGCAGCGUCGCCACCUUCUUCGGCAGGUUCCACCUCCCCGACGACGCCGCCCUGGGCCAGGUCAGGGCCGCCAUGGACGACGGCGGCGCGCAGCUCAUCGUCACAGUGCCCAGGGCCAGCGUCGCCGUUGCUGCCGUGACCAUGCCCGAGCCGGCCGUGGCCAUCGAGGUCGGCGAGGCCAGCCCGUGCUGAUUGCGACGUACGCCGGUGCAGACGUGCGAGCGGUAAGUUGCCUUGCCGCUUGUAUGAUCUGCUCGAUCGGUUCCCCUGGGUGUGAUUCCACAAAUUGUGGUGUUCGAUGUACGUAACUACAGUACGUACUUGAGUCUGUCUAUGGCUUGCUGCUGUGGUGACUUGUGAGUGAGGUGCUUGCAUGUUUGCCUGUACUGUUACUUGUUAGUUCUGGUGUUCACGCUCAAAUUAAUGAAGUGUUCACAAAGUAUUCGCUAAUUAA